UAUUUAUGCAAAAUUUAGUUUUACAUAAUCUCAUGUGAAACCACCACAUUUCAUUUACCGUCUGUGUAACCUUACCGACUUUAACCAACCCAUUUUAAGACAUGGCAUCUGAGUGCUGUCUCAGUCUCACCAAAUACUUCCUCUUUCUCUUCAACUUGACAUUCUGUCUCUUAGGAUCACUUAUCUUAUCUGUGGGACUAUGGACACUCCUUUCAGAAAACAUAAUGUCAUUCAUGCCUUCCUACACUUCCAUCUCUCUUUUUUCCUACUUGCUGAUUAUCAGUGGCUCUGUAACCACGUUGUUAGGCUUCUUUGGAUGUCUGGGUUCUCUAAAGGCUGUGAAAUGCCUGCUGGCAACUUACUUCAUCCUGCUCACGGUUCUUCUCGCGGCUCAGAUCGUGGGUGGGGUUCUUUUCUACACCCAGAACACUCAGUUUAUUGAUUCACUAAAGGAGUAUACGAUUGAACUAAUGAAAUCAUCUGGAGGCAAUGAUACCAGUUAUAAGAGUUUUGAAACAACUAUAGAUGAGAUUCAGCAGAAGGCCAAGUGCUGUGGCUGGAAUGGAAUACAGGACUGGGGGGAAUCUAUACCUUGUUCUUGCUUCAAUGUCACUGUCAAUGCAACACAACACAACUGUUUCAAAUGUUUCUCAAAUGGCACCUAUUCAAAUGUCACCAGUGAAUCAAAUUUGACCUGUCCAAUUUAUCAGGGCUGCGGUGGCAGUAUAGAGAAUUGGCUGGAUAAAAAUCUUUCCCUCAUUUGCAAGGUUAUUUUGACCAUUUCUGUGGUGGAGAUAUGUGGUAUGAUCCUUUCGAUGUGUCUGUAUAAAGAAGGCUCUGUGGAUUACAACACAAUUCUCCACUAAGAUGACCAGGAUCAGCGAGGAAAAAAAAGUCCAAUAUUUGUUUUCUGUCAUUCAUAUUUGAUGCUUUGUUGUUGUGUGUUUUAUAUGAGAUACUUAUUUUUCUGUACAGCAUUUGAAUGUUUUAUACAGAUUUUUUUUCUAUCCAAAAGGCAGUCAUCUGUUGAUUUUCCUUGUUAUUCAGAUAUUGUCUUUACGAAAAAAGUACAAAUAAUUUGAACUUGUUCAUGUAAUAUUCUACAUAGACUUUUAUUUUUUGAUUCUCAAAAUAUGUGCAUGUGACUAUGAAUGUUCUCAUUUCUUCAGUUUAGCCAGUGGGUGAGAAAAACAUUAGGGUGGGACGGUAUAAUAUUUCACCAUUGUUGUGCACACAAAGCAAAUGUCCUCAAUACUGAGGCAAUGUGUGCGAUACCGUUCUCAUAACAUUUAUUUCACAUAUAAAAUAUUAAAACUCAAAUUGUCCUUAAUUGUAAGCUGUUUUCAUGUAAGGUGUAAGUGUUAUGUAAGUGUUAGGCACUGACUUUUAAAAAUGUUUGAAUUUAAAGUCUAUAUAAGUAAAUUGUUAAAUAAAGAAUUUAUUAAGUGAAUUGUGUAAAAUAAACUUUCAAAAACUAAUAAGACUGUUUUUACUAAACUGAAAUAAAACAAAUGGCUUUAUAAAGUUGUUGCUGUCUUUUUGGUCAUAAUGGCUGUAAAUAUGUGUUUAUUUAAACUGAGGAUCUAAAUGGUACACAGGACAUGCAAUACCCCAUAGCCAGCUAUUGUUAGAGCAGGGAGGAGGACAGGACACUUGUUAUCAGGUAUCAUAUAUAUACAUGCUGUGUUCAUCUCCCUCAGAAAUUACAGAGCAACGCAACAAAGAAGGUAAGAAGGAUAUUGUCAGACUAUUUUUGCAGUA